AUGGCGCAAUCGAAUACGUUGAUGAUUAUAAUGGGGAGGCCUUUGAUUGUGCUGAUCAGUGGUACUCUUGUGUACUACCAUUGUUCCUACCGGAAUUCGAGUGUUGUUUCACUUCUCUCCGAUGUAUUCAUCGUCCUUUUGUGCUCGCUGGCCAUUCUCGGCCUCCUUUUCCGCCAUAUGAAUGUCGCUGUCCCUGUCGAUCCUCUUGAGUGGCAGAUUUCGCAGGACGCUGCGAAUUCGAUAUUCGCCUGCUUGGCUAACACCAUCGGCGCUGCCGAGUCCGUCCUCCGCGUCGCCGCCACCGGCCACGACAAGCGCCUCUUUUUUAAGGUGGUUGCCUGUUUAUAUGUUCUAUCAGCCAUUGGAAGAGUAGUUUCAGGCGUCACUGUUGCAUAUGUAGGAUUAUGCUUGCUUUGUCUCUAUAUGCUCGUCGAGAACUCACAAUCAAAUGGCUCCUGUUUGGCAAGAUUUUCUGCGAGGAGAGAGGACACAAUUUCUUUGCAAGAUUAA